AUGGAGUCCCCGUCGCAGUAUGUGGAUCUGUCUUCUUGGGGCUUCAGGCUGUGGUGGUUCAUCCUGCUCUCGGUUCAUCUUGUGACCUUCGGGUACAACGCGUCCAAUGGUCUGUUCUACUAUGAGCUCGAGUCGACCUACCUGUACGCGUGUCUGAUCUACUCGGGUAUCGGAAUGCCUGCUGAAGCCCACCAUACGAUCGCAAACGUGAACAUUGCCAUGGCCGGAAUGCAUGGCGUGUGCGUCUUACUGAUGAUGACUGGGUCUCUGCGGCACCGCAAGCUGGUAUUUUACCCUUGGCAGCAAGAAACGGUGUGGGGCCGGGAGGGCGUACUGGGCGUGAAUGGGAGCAACUUCCACGCCAUUCUCGCGGCUCGUGAACUAUUGGAGACGGCACUUCAAACCGUGCAAGCGUAUCGGAUGAGUUGGCUCCUGCCUCGCAUGCUGUUCAACCGCUUCUACCUGAUCCUGCUGGUGCUCAACUGCUGGUCUUCGGUGGCGAUUUACUCGCGGUUGUUCCGCUGGAAUGAGGUUCGCAAAAGGCUUGCGUGUCUGAUGUGCGACUGCAUCCUCGAUCUCGUGUCUUGCAUCGGUGUGCCACUGACGGUAGUACUGAGUUACAUCGACGACUUCGACCCCAAAAUCCAGGGCUUUCCCCUACUAAUCUGGUACGACGACGUGUGGUCUGCCAGCGUGCUGAACGAGUUUCAAAUGGUCGUCGUUGUGUCUUGGUCGGACCUGGCGAGUCGAACGAUCUUCUCGUUUGGUUUAAUCAUGACCACUACGAGCAUGAAGAAGCUGCUGCGUAGAGCGAGUUCGGCCAUGGUGCUUGCUCUGCACAUCCAAGCCUCGUGUCAACCGGAAGUGCCCCAAUGCGUCUUGCAGGUUCAUCCGUGGGCCCUGUCGGAGCCGGCGUGCUACCUCGCAGUCCUCGAUUGCUAUCGACUUGGGAUAUCGGGCAGUAACGACGAAGUUGAGGCCAAAUGGAGCGAGUUCGACCGAUCGACAGUCGUGACGCUGGUGAUCCGUCAUUGCCCCGCGCUGGAAGUCCCGGACAUGAUAGGUGACUUCCACUUGACCACAGGGAUCAAGCUGUACAACUCGACCAUCAACCACUGGGGGGAACCUGCUGCGCUUACAAUCGCAAAUCAUCCCGAGCUGAUUUGGUCCUACUUGGUACGGGUUGAUGUGACCGAUGGCAUUAUACCAGUCCAGGGAUCGGACAAUAUACAAUUUCUGUACGAUCUUGAAUUUUCACAUACGAGCAUCCACGAUCUCGACUCGAAAUGGUUAAUGGGGACGACCAUUUAUCUGGAAUACUCCCAGCUCACGGCCGUACCUCCAGUGCUGUUGCGUUUGGAGCCUUUUAGUCUCUCGUUAAGGGGGAACGCAAUCUCCGAGCUCCCACCAGAGGUUUUUGAGGUCACGGGCAUGACGUACUUGAACGUUGGAGGGCUACCAAUACAAGAACUUCCCCGUAACGUCAGUCGUCUCUCGCCACAGUUGGUUUACAUGAACAUGGCGAACACAAACAUCUCGUUUUUCUGGCAGUGGGUCGACCCAUUCGUGGAGAGGAGACUGGGUCAACCCGUCGUGUCCCUGGCGAUGCGAGAGACCCCAUAUUGCUCCGAUCUCGAUGAAAUCAUCGAAAUGAUCAGAACCUUCGUCAACUGCACGCAAGUUGCUGAAGGCUUCGGUAACGCGUAUCCGAUCACUUUUGAAGACAGCAUCAAUGCACUCGAAGCAACUUAG